GACACAAUGUCACCGACCUCUUCACCCCCAGCCUUGGUGAUGGGCGGAGCAGGUUUCAGCUACCAACUGAACCCUGAGCCUGAAUCUCUUCCGAUCGUCGACAUUCUCCUGCGCUCAUUCGAACUCGGCGUACGCACUAUUGACACAUCACCAUACUAUGAGCCUUCAGAACAGCUCAUGGGCGCUGCUCUGUCAGAUCCUCGUAUUCAGUCCAGAUACCAACGGAGCGACUAUGAACUCAUGACCAAAGUUGGUCGCAUCAAGGAGAAUGAAUUCAAUUACUCCCCGGACUGGAUCCAAAAAUCCGUUGCUAGGUCGUUGGAGCGGUUUGGGACUACGUACUUGGAUGUGAUCUUUUGCCAUGAUGUUGAGUACGUAUCCCUAGACGAAGCUGUUACGGCUGUUGGUGUACUGCUGGAAUUCCAACGAGCUGGAGUUAUACUGCGGGUUGGAAUCUCGGGCUAUGACAUUGAGGUCCUGGCCGAAGUUGCUAGCCUUGCCCGAAAGAAAUACGGACACCCUGUCGACGUUGUUCAAACUUGGGCACAGCUCACUCUUCAGAACACGCAAGCCGAGACACGUGGUUUUGAUCGCUUCCGCGCCGCUGGUGUAAACUCAGUAUUCUGCUCUAGUCCACUAGCUGUUGGACUAUUGAGGACAGGCGGUAUUCCUCUUGGGCUGACAGGCGAUUGGCAUCCCGCGCCUCAAGGACUGAGAGCUGCUGCAGCUGAAGCCGCCGAGUGGAUGGACAAGCACGGAGACGGAGAAACCCUAUGUUCCCUUGCAAUGCAAUAUGCCAUUGUGAAAGCGAAGCAGAACUGCACUCCCUCGUUCUCGGUCUCAACCAUAACAGGAAUCAGUACUCUGUCCGACCUGGAGCAGAAUGUGGUUGCUGCCAAAAGAGUACUCAAAACUGUUGGAAACUCCGAGAGCUUACUGGACUAUACCGAGCUAGACUCCCAGUCAGUGGAGAGCAGAUUGUCGCUCGCCGAGCGUGUUCGUCUGAUCAUUGGGGAGUGGCUAGACUACGACUUUUCUGGGAAGAAGCCGAAGACAGUGAAUAGCGGCUCCAACGAGGAUGAUAUCAAGGAGCCUGAUGCAGUCGAUAUCACAGCACCAAAGCAUAAGGAAUUGAAGCAGCCUGCAGCGAUCAGAGUGGCGGUGUAA